AUGGGUGUAGGCUUUCGAACGUCGGUCGACCCAAAUGCUCCGAAACCGAAGACUACGCCUCUUGGCUACGAACCUGAAGACCUGGAAACGCGCCUUCAAUACGUUCGAGCUCUCAGAGCCAAGCGCGGCAUCACUUCUAGGCAAGCUGCAUGGGACGAAACCUACGAGCAGGUCCCCUCUCAAGUGCUAGGAGCCAGUCAGGAUCAUACUAUCAGUCAGGCAAUUCUACUUCCAGCCUUCAGUUCGUCUGGUGCUGGCAUGAUCUCUCACCAUCCGGUGAAGAAGGAGACGCUGCGCAAGUAGGUGGAUUGGCCGACUUGAAUACACUCUCCCUCGUCCAACGACUCAUCAAGAUCCCGGGUCGAAGAAAUCGAUGAAUUCAAGGGGUUUGUCAGUGAUAGUGAUAGUG